AUGGCCACGUCUUACAAUAAGAUCAUCAGUCGAAACUUGCAUCUGCCAUUAGCUCAGGCCGUAGCUUUCCGUUCGGUUUCGCACAAUCCAUACGUCAAUAUAUCUCUAGAUGACUGGUUCUACCAAAAUUAUCCACUACGAUCGCAACACUAUCCACUCUUGUAUCUUUAUCGAAAUCAUCCAUGUAUAGUCAUUGGACGACAUCAGAAUCCAUGGACUGAAUGCAACUCAAAAUUGGUUGGAAUUUACCCAGAUCAGGUUCCGUUGGUGCGCAGGAGAAGUGGUGGAGGGGCAGUUUAUCAUCCGGAAAUAUCUGGUUCAGCUUCACGUCUAGGAAGACUAGUAGCUUAUCAUCAUUUUACCUUAUUAUUUCAUUCAAAAUUACAGCAGCUAGCACAGAUGCUGACGCCUCAUACGAAUGGACUUAGGUCAAAUGCUACUGCUAGCGUAAGAUCGUCCGUAAUAAACUUAUCUCAGAUCAAUAAUGCUAUUACCUAUGAUAAUUUAUGUUCCAAAAUAGCAUCAACCUUUACGAAGACUUUUCACCCUAAAAUAAAUAAUGAGGAACUUCUCGAUAUCAAUCCUAACACUGAGUCUAAUUAUCCUGGUAUCGCAUCAUUAAGAAAUGAAUUGAAGAGUUGGGAUUGGAUCUACGGUAAGACUCCUGAUUUCGAAAUACAUCAAAGUUCUAAUUUAUCAAUGGGAAAAGUGGUUUGUAUGAUUUCUAAGUCUUUGUAG